UUAUUCUUGGAGGUGGGAAUAAUCUCUUUUAUUGAUUUAUUCAGGUAUUGGGUGGGGGUGAUUGGCGUGGAGAGCCUCUCCACCUUCCAGGCACCUCGGAGGACUAAUAAUCACCUCGAGAGCUUCCACGCUAGGAUGUUGGCUGCAUUCGGAGUCAACCUGGAUGUGUGGAGUUUUAUACGAAAAUUGAGAGAAGUUGAAAGAUCAUCAUUUGAUGAUCUACAACGUUUAGACAGAGACGAUCCGCAACGUGUGCGUAGGGCUCGUGGUGACAACAACGCCAACUCUGAUACAAUCAGGAUGGCGCUGCGGCGAUUAACGCGCCAGGAAAUCACGCUAAUAAAUUUCCUGACGACGGUGAGCCAUUGUGCUGACAACCUGAUAGAACGGGGAUUUGUCCAACAGCACAAUGGCCUCCAGGAAGCGGUCGUCGUUGACGAGGAGAUAAUUGAGUGGAUGUUGCCAGUGGCAGGAGAGGAGGUGGUGGUGGCAGCAGAAAAUGUAAGGCCACCUGCCCGACGCCGCCGAAGAAGACAGCAGGGAGUCCUGCAGCGUCCCAUCGAGGCCCAGCAGCAGCCACAUGCAGCACCACGGUUGAGCAAUUGCGUGAUUUGUUUGAACAAUGAAUGUACGCACAUUGCUCUUCCGUGUGGGCACAUUUGCAUGUGCGAGGAAUGUGCCGAACAAAAUCUAUUGCACAUGAACGGGCAGCCCCGUUGCCCACUAUGCAACAUGCAUUGUACAAAUUAUCAGAGGGUGUACUUAAAUUUUCAGUAGUUUAAGCAGCAAUAAGCAGGUAGGCUCAACUCACACUUAGGCGAGUCAGGUCGAGAAGAGUCUCGACUCUAGUCGAGAGCAUGUGUUUCUAAAUGGUGACACUCAGACCAGUCGAUUCCAGUCUCCGCGAUUGUCACCAUUUGAAAACAAAACGAGUCUCUUCUCGGCCUGAAUCGCGUAAGUGUGAGUUGAGCCUAAGAGUCAUCAAGGAAAAAUAAUUAUCGAAAUGUAAAGUAUAUAAUACAGGCUGUGUGAAAAGUCCGAGAACGGCUUAACAUCUCAUACACAAAAAAUGUGAUUUGACGGUGGGUGUGAUUGGUUCCUAUACUCUUUCUUCCCUUUCUGCUUUGAAUAUUAUUAAUUAAUAAUGUGAAUAUCUUUGAAACGGUUUGAGAUGUCGAUAUGCGGUUUUCGCAAUUUUUUUCUUGAAAUUCCGUCUUGAAAUCAUAUAUUGCAUGAUCACCUUCCUUUAAAAAAAUAUGGCGGACCAGAUUUUUGAAAUCAUAGUAAAGUAGUAUUUUCAAUAUGAGUAGGAUCCACAAUCACACCCACAGUCAAAUUACCUUUG